UGAAUAUUAUUAUUCUUCUUUUUGAAGCCCAUAUAUUCUCUUAGCUUCUUCGUCAAUCCAAUUCUCUGUAGCCAUAGCCAUGGACAAAGAACAAGAAGAGAUGCAGUUCCUUGGUCUCUUUGGGAUCUACAAGGAAUCAUACAAGAUGAUAAUCGCAUGGAGAAAGAUCUUCACGAAGAUCACCUUAUCCCUAAUCCUUCCUCUCUCCUUCAUCUUCCUAAUCCACAUAGAAAUCUCCGAUGUCCUCUUCAGGAAAAUCAUGCACAACUCCCAAGAAAUGAUCGAAACUCCACAAGGCACACCUCAAUACAAUAAGCUCUCCGACAUGGUUUCUUCAGAAUGGGUUACCUUCUUCCUCUUCAAGAUCGUAUACUUCACUUUUCUACUCAUCUUCUCUCUCCUCUCCACCUCCGCCGUCGUCUACACCGUAGCUUCCAUCUACACUUCAAGAGAAGUCACCUUCAAGAAAGUCAUGAGCGUCGUUCCAAAGGUUUGGAAGAGGCUCAUGGUAACUUUCCUAUGCGCCUUCUCCGUUUUCUUCCUCUACAACUUCGCCACAGCCCUUGUCAUUAUAAUUCUCUUGCUAUUAUUGGGUCCCGGCGACGGCACCGUUGCCAUCUUCAUCAUUGUAGGCUUGAUUUUUUUGAUUGGCUUUCUGUAUCUUACGGUGGUUUGGCAGCUAGCCAGCGUUGUUUCGGUGUUGGAAGAAUCUUACGGAUUCCAAGCGAUGAAGAAGAGCAAGGAUUUGAUCAAGGGGAAGAUGUGGUUGUCAGUGAUCAUAUUCUUGAUGCUUAAUAUAUCGUUUUUCUUGGUACAGUUUUUGUUCAAGAAUUUUGUUGUGCAUGGAUGGAGGGUGAGUUCUUUGGAUAGAACGGCUUAUGGGUUGCUAUGUUUCUUGUUGCUUUCACAUUUGUUCUUGUUUGGACUUGUGAUCCAAACAGUGCUUUAUUUUGUUUGCAAAUCUUAUCACCACCAGAAUAUUGAUAAGUCGGCCUUGUCGGAUCAUUUGGAAGUUUAUCUUGGCGAGUAUGAGCCUUUGACCGCCAAAAAUGUUCAGCUUGAACAGUAUCAAGUUUGAUUAUUCUGGUAGCAGAAAGAUAUUUUAUUUUUGCUCUAACUAAUAAUAUAGUUUUUUUUCUGUACUUUUAAGAGAAAUGUUAUUUGAAUGUAAUAUGCAACUAGCUAGUAUAUAUCAGAAAUAUACAAUAAUACAAUAUACAAAGAUAAUCGUUGCUUUCAUUGUUUAUGUCAUCUGUCUUUAUGUGGACUUUUUCAAUGUACAAAAAUGAGAGUUUCUCUAUUUUGACCCAAUAAAGUUGGACCCACCAUUAUUUGUGUA